UUCCAUUGAAAUGUGGACGGGGACGGUGUAUUUCGUGAUGGCCAUCAGCAUGAUGGCAGUUAUGCAGCCGUCACCUGUGCACAUGCGCUCCUUGGAGGCUGGAGGUGAAUCAGUUCAGCAAGGUCCACUACCGUGGGAGAAGCAAGAGGUGAAGCUGCCUUCCGGUGACAUUCGUAGAAUAAUCUGCGUUCUGCUUAAGUAUAUCAUCAUCGAGUGCCAAGAAAAACUUCAGGUGGCCGCCUUCAGCAAACCGAGGAAUUCAAGAGGGGAGUACGUGCAAGAACCUGGAGAAGCUGGACCCUGUUCAGAUUCGUUCUGCAGAACAGCAGUAAAAGGCACAUAUGAAGUGGAAAAGCGAGGAUCUCAAGAGGAGAGUAAUCCCCAGUUCUACAGCGGUUGGUAACCACUAUGGCAUGUCACCAGGCCUUCUCAAAUUCAUCGUGCUGCCAAUGUUAUGAAAAGUGCAGUUAUUGUGUGAAAAAUACCAAAUAAAGUGACAUCUGAAGUUA